AUGUCCAUACUUAACCAGAAUGGUGACGCACCUUCCCACGAAACCAACCACAACAUCUCCUUCUUCACGCCACCGCACGUGCCUACUUCAGCAGCGGGAAACACAACGACGUCGCAGCCCUCGAACAUGGCCACUCCUCCACUGAUCGUGAGCAGUGCGCUUGUCACCCAAACACCCUCGAGCCCAGCUGGGCAAAAUGGCAUCACCUUCCCAGACAGCAGCAGCAACAACAUCAACAACAACAAUGAUGGCAACAACGGUGGAAGCAGUUCGGGCUUGUCGACAGGUAGCCAGGUGGCUGUUGCCCUUGGUGUCGUCAUCUUUGCGCUCUUGCUGGGCAGCCUCGGCCUCUGGGCCACGACGCAGUCACGGGCGAAGCGUGAGGCCUAUGGGCGACUGAACGGGACGACGGCGCGUUGUCAGAUGGCGGCGGAAACGAGGACGCGGUAG